CACUUUUUCGUCCAGAAAUGAGGGUGUCACGGUUGAUACGUUCUUUCUCUCGCUCUUCUGAGAGGGCCUGUGGUGAACGAGGAGAAUGACCGGUCAGCCGGCGACCAACACCAUGGUCUCCUAUAAGGAAGAAGCGAGUGGAUAAUGGGAGAGUGAUUUGUUUCUUAGAAGGAGGUGGACGGCCAGGGCCUCUCGUCCUCUCCGAAUCUCUCUGAGGAAGAAUAGGGGAGGAAACAGAAAGUUAACUGGGGGACGACCUCUUCCUUUAUGUCUGAAUAUAUUCAUCGCAGAAAAGGAAGGACGAUCUUGAGGAUAGAUUCUGUCUUCAUCUACCGCACUAGGUAGUAGCUACGGUAUCCUCUUCCAGUUCCACUAAGAGAGAGGGAGAGGGAGAGAGAGAAUGGGCACCUGCUUGUCUACCGAAGGAGAUUCCUUCCCUGCACGUUCUUCAUCAUCUGCAUCAUCAAAAAGGAGAGGAAGGAAGAAUAGGGGAAGCUUUCGCAAGUGGUCUAGCUCGUCUAAGAGAAGGGAUGCAGUUGGUAGUUCCGGAGGAGCAGGAGGAACAGGACCAUGCACUUUGUUCAAGGGAGAGGACGAUCUGCUAGAUGUCCCUGGAAGGAUGUACCUCAAUGGGUCAAGUGAAGUUUCCUGUCUGUUUACUCAGCAAGGGAGGAAGGGCACCAAUCAAGAUGCCAUGCUCGUUUGGGAGAACUUUGCCUCAAGAAGUGACACCAUUUUUUGUGGAGUAUUUGAUGGGCAUGGACCAUUUGGGCACAUGGUUGCAAGAAAAGUUAGAGAUUCUCUUCCUUUGAAGCUCUGCACCCACUGGAAAGUUAAUGGGACUAUCCAGAAUAGCCUUUCUGAGAACAAUAGUGCAACAGGAAGUAUGAAUUCUGAAGAAACGGCAUCCAUUAACAUGGAUGACGAAUGGGGCGAGUCCCUUCCUCCUGAUGAAAAUGAAAAGCUUCCCGAGAUGUAUUUGACACUGAAACAGUCAUUCUUAAAGGCAUUCAAGGUAAUGGAUAAAGAGUUAAAGCUCCAUCCAACAAUCGAUUGCUUCUGCAGUGGAACAACUGCAGUCACGUUGGUGAAGCAGGGACAGGAUCUUGUGAUCGGAAAUGUUGGUGACUCAAGAGCAAUACUUGGUACUAGAGAUGAGGAUGGUACUUUGUGUGCUGUGCAAUUGACUGUAGACCUUAAACCCAAUCUGCCAAGAGAAGCUGAGAGAAUUCAGCAGUGUAAAGGAAGAGUUUUUGCAUUGCAUGAUGAGCCAGAGGUUGCACGUGUAUGGUUGCCAAACAACGAUUCCCCUGGAUUGGCUAUGGCUAGAGCCUUUGGGGACUUCUGCCUGAAGGAUUUUGGAUUGAUUUCUGUUCCAGAUGUAUCCUACCACCAUGUGACAGAAAAAGACGAAUUUGUUGUUCUGGCCACUGAUGGGGUAUGGGAUGUGCUGUCAAACAAGGAAGUUGUUGACAUUGUGGCCUCAGCACCAAGUCGUGCAACCGCUGCACGUGCACUUGUUGAAUGUGCUGUGAGGGCUUGGCGGUUAAAGUUCCCUACAUCCAAGAGUGAUGACUGUGCUGCAAUCUGUCUGUUCCUGCAGAGCACAUCCUCAGCUGAUCAGACAGAUUUGAGAGAUUUGGAGCUGAAUGGACCACCAGCACCUGCAGAAAUAUCCACUGCAGUGGAAGAGGUAGCAAUCAUCGAUUUGACAGAAGAUGAUUCAGAUGGGAAGCACUAUGGUCCCAUAGCGGCAACAGAAGCUUCUCAGACCUCAGUGCCUAUUGUUUCUGGAAACUCUCACUCUCACAUUGACGAUGAAAUAGUCCCUAUUUCUGAAUCAAAGGAGGCAAUGAAGCAAACAGAAAGAUGCUCUUCAAGAAGGAGCCUUGCAGAAUGCAUUUUGACUGCAGAAGAUGAAGAAUGGUCUGCACUCGAAGGUGUGACAAGGGUGAAUUCUCUUCUGAACCUUCCAAGGUUUUUUUCUGGGGACAAAAGGUCAAGUAGCUGGAGGAAAUGGUUAUAGAUGCUAAUCCUUCAUAUCUAUUAGUAUACUUUUGUUAGGUUUGGUUGGCGUGGGGCGGUAGAUUUCCAAAAAUCUCAUUGCCGAUCAGCUUCAAAUUUGUCUAUCAAUUCAAUUUCUUUUGGGCUGUCAACCGUCUUCUGUUUUGACAUGUGCAAUGUAAAUAUCUUUUUGGAUC